AGUGCAUCUUGUAAUCACUGCUGCCUCUCUGUUUCGGCGACUCUGAUUGGCCAGCGGCUCCAAAUAUCAUUUCCGGGUCAGCAGCUACAGGUUGCUAUGAAGUUGGUGCAGAUGACACGUCAGCUGACUGGAAAACAACACAAACUGCAACACUUGCUUAUAUAGGACAAUGUCAUAAACCUCCGCGCUGCAUGUAAACGCGCACUGACGACUGUCGCUACAUUACAGACGCGAAGAUUUGAGGACUGGAGUCGCGCGUCGCUGCUGUAGCGUCACGCAUGCUGAGAUUGAGAGAGAGUUCAGCAUCAUUCAAUCCGGACCCGCGGAAGAUGAUCAGCCCAGCGGUGCGGCGUUGUCGUGGAUGAGAGCGAGCUUACCGGACCGGUGCUUUCGUCUUCCGCAUCCCGAGCAUGUCGUCCCCGUCGCCGGUGCAGAUCAGAGAGGCGAACGCGCACCUGGCGGCGCUGCACAGGCGGGUCACAGACCUGGAGCAGAGGCUGGAGGACGCGGAGAAAACAGUGCGGGAGCAGGCGGAGAGCCUCAUCCGCAAAGAUGAGCAACUGAGAGCUACCACGCAAGAAAUCACGGAGGCCAAGGACAAAGAGAUUUUCUUCCUUCAUGAGAAGCUUUGUCAAUCAGAGGAAUCCAUCCAUAAACUCAACCAAACGAUUAAGGAAAAAGAUUCUCUAAUCGGACAGUUACAACACCGAUGUCAGCUGCUGGACAACAUUUGCAAAAGCCGUCCAUUAUUGGACAGCAUGCUGGCCCAGAUGGCCGAGGCAGAGAGGAUGGGGCCUGUCAGUGACUUGGGGAAGCCCACGACCAACAGCUCUCUCAUGGACGGAGAAUCCAACUGCAGCCCCAGCCGUCUCUCCAACCACAAAGACUUCUCCCUCAGCGAGGACGACUCUGACGAUCAGGAAUUAGAUGGGGUUGUGUUUGGGACCACAGUAUGAGAGUCUGUUCAACUGCUCCUCAUCUCAGGUUUAGCAGCCUGUGUGUUCUGAUGGUUACAAUUGAUUCAGUGUCUGGUAAAACAUCUGUUGUAUCGUAAUACAGGUUACUGAGUGUGAAUGGGAUGCUACUGUAAAGAGCGAAUGCCUGGUCAAUUCUGGCUAAAUCUGUGCGCAAAUUGGUGCAAGUAUGCCACAUACCUUAGACUACUUCAGUUCUCAUUACUGAAUGAAACAUUUAAAAAAAUAUAUAUAUUUAUGUUCAGUUUAAAACAGACUAACUAGUUGUUUAAUUUAAUUUAUCUUUAUUCUUCUCUUUUUAACUUUAAAUUUGCAUAUGCUUUGAUAUUUUUCUGGUUAUACCUUAUGGAUCUAUUGCGUUACAUGAAUAUUAGAGAAGAACGUUUUUAAAAUUUGCAUUGAAAUUUACUGUUACAUGCAGUUUUAUUUGUUACCAUGAUCCAGUCCUGUUUUAAAAAUCUGGGAAGAUGUUUUGGAGAUGUAAUAUACUGUGACAUUGCAUGCUUACUGUUUUGUUGGAGCCUCUCAGUGAGCAAUUUCAGCAGUCAUUGACAAUGUACAAAUGAUGGAUUCUUGUUCAGAGAGCCAUAGGAGUUGGAUUGAGAUGAUUUAGACCCAGCGUUAUCCGUUGUAUGCCAUGCAUCGGUUACAAACAGACAGGUUUAGAUGAUAAAUUUGACCCUUGGUCUCAAACUCCCAUGUUAAAAUGCGACAAUACUUUGCAUACCUAUGCUGGAAAGGAAUAGCUCACCCAAACUUUUCAAUUUUGUCAUUUGCUCAUGUCGUGUCCUGACAGGUUCCAAACCUGUAUUACUUUCUUCUGCAGAACGCAGCAUUUAAUGUGAACAAGGUUGGAGUCCAGUGGAUGUAGAAAAAAAAAACCCUCUGUUUUUCCACAGAGGAGGGAAAGUCAUUGGACUAUAAUGUGACUUUAAAUUGUUACAUUUUUCUCUACAGAUAAGUCAGUGCCUAAAAAAAAACAAAUCACGGUUGCUUGUUUGAUCUAAUUAUUUAUUCUGAAAAAUUCUAAUUAUUUUUCAGUGCUAAAUAUCUAAAGUGUGUACUUUUUCCUCAGAAACAUGAAUAUACAGCAAAUCAUGCUAACCCUAAUAUUAAAUAUUUUCUUUUAAAUAUUUUAAAAUAACAUGUCUAUUACAUUUUGGGUCCCUUUAACUGUGUGUUAUUUUUGUUUCUUACAUGUGAGUUCUUUUGGACACAUUUUUAUAAAAAAAAAAACAUUAAUGAUGUUUAUUUAUGAAUAUUCUGUUUUGAAAAUUCUGUUUUCUAAAUUUGAAAUGUUAAAUGUAUAUUAGUGUACACAAUAGAACAUUCCUGAAAAACUGAAAAUGUUUUCCUCCACUGAAAUUAAAAAAAUUGUGCUGGAAACUCGCAAGUAUCAGAAGUGAAUCAUGGGAGUAAUCCACAAAACCACCAUUGUGCAGUUGAGCUUCAGCGCUGAAGCUCCAGGCUGCUGUUAAUGACACUGUAAUUUAAGGUGCAUGUAUAUAAUUAAAUGAUCUAUGCAGUGAAGUUGUUCUCUGAGAGCCUCCCUUAAUAAAACAGUUAGCUCUUAAAAUAGAGCUUCACCAGAUAAACCCAGCAAAUCCAAGCAAGCUAAAGCUGUUGCUUAUGCACAUACAGGCUCAUGGUUGAGAAAUCAUAAAAAGAGUGUAAAAACACUUGUUUUUGUUUGUCUUAUAUCUUAUAUAGCCGUUGCCUGGGUUGAAUGAAUCAUGUUACAUAUUUACAUGUACACAUAAAACAGCUGUCCUAUUUGCUGUUAUUUGCCAAUACAUAUAAAUAUGGUAUAGGCCUUUCUCCAAAUUCAUUUUGUUGUUCAUUUAAUUCGGCCUAGCAAAAUCAAGUCUAUGCAAGCGUGUCAUAUUUUGCCAUAUUGCCAGAUGGAGGGGAGCCAUAAUGUAGUGAGUGAGUGUACUGAUGAUGGGGCAUUAUUCAUGUACAGCGUGUCAUGUGUCCUGUUAAGACGUGAUGGUUACACAAUAUUUUCGUGUUCGUUUUAAGAGUUACAUGUGGUUUUGAACUGCAGCAUGUUACAUAUUGGGGCAUGCCAUAUUUGUCUUGCUAGUGCCCUGUACAGAAGUGUGUUUGCUAACAUUUUUCUCUACAGAUAAAGUAAAGCAGUGCCUCAAAGACUGAUGGUUACUUGUUCAAUGGAAUUAUUUAUUCAGAAAAAUACGAAUAAAUUAUUUUGUUAUUCUUCA